GUAUUACUUUUCAAUCUCUCCAUUUAUCCCUGCAAACACCCGAGCACAUUUUCCCUCCAAAAAGUUAAUUCCCUCUCUUCUUUCUUUCUUUUUCUUGUGGUUUAGUUAGUACUUCUCUCAACAAUCAACAGUGAACAAAUACUUCAAGCAAAGAAAAAAGACCCCCCCCCUCCCCCAGGCCGAGCAACCAUCUUGAUCUAGCAAAUGGGUCUUGCUGCACCCCGAAAGAAAUCCAAGAUCUCACACGAUCCUAACAAUACAAAUUGGUCGCGCUCAACAACUGGCUUCGGGCACAAGAUUCUCAGUUCUCAGGGAUGGACCCCGGGUAGCUUUCUGGGUGCACGAAAUGCUGCACAUGCUGAGUUAUUCACCACAGCAAGCGCCUCUCAUAUCCGCGUUACUAUCAAAGAUGAUACACUUGGCCUUGGUGCGCGACCGAGGCGGGACGUACUAGAUGAAUCCACUGGACUUGAUGCGUUUAGAGGCUUGCUGGGACGCUUAAAUGGCAAGUCAGAUGCAGAACUGGGGAUCGAGGAGAAGAGGCGUGAGAAUGCAAAGUUGGCUCGAUAUGCGGCCAGCAGAUGGCAGUCAGUUAACUUCAUUAGUGGUGGAUAUCUGGUUCAGGAAAAGGCCGAUGUCGGUGAAUUUGAAGAGCCAGCUCAAAUCCAGCCAGACACUGAGAAGCGCAGGACUAACAAGAGUGCUACUGAUGGCCGGAAAGGACCUGAAAGUCCCGAUUUUGUGGACCUCAAGGCAUCUCCUAUCAGUACUCAAGGUCAGGAUAAUGGCAGUUGUGGAAGACAACUCUCAGACAACCAGGCCUCCUGUAAGAAAAAGUCCAAGAAACGGAAGAACAAAGAAAGACAAGAAGAUAGCGGUUUCGAACACACAAAGACAGAGACGUUGGAUCAAAAAGACGAGUCCAAUCGUGACUCACCUACAGAAAUGCCUGCAUCGACACUAAAGUCUCUGCCAUCAAGGGAGCGCCGUCCGAUGGGCAGGCAUGUUUUCAGAAGCCGUCACAUUGCGCAGAAGAAGAGAGCUCUUCUCGAUGAGAAAUCUCUGAAUGAGAUAUUUAUGGUCAAGUCAUAAUCUGAAUGACCCUGUCUCCUCUUGACUCAUGUAGUGUAGAGGCUCGUCUAGAAUUUCUCCUACUACUCAAAUACCCAAUCUGAUUAUAUCUCUACGCGCCUGUUAACAACAUGAUCAUGCGCUCGGCGUGAUGCUGCAAGAUCUGGUCUUCGAUCGAGUUCCGCUACAACACAUUUUCAUAAUGGUUGUCUGUUCCUAUCAUCAUGAUGCUACUGAGUGUAGCUUUAAAGGAGAUUUUUGAUUGGCAGUAUAUGUACUUCCAUUGAUGUAGCUUCGGAUUGGCUAGAAUUUUCUUUCAGCG